AUGCCUGCCGCAGCCUGGGGCGCGCCUCCUGCUGGCACUAGUCUUGUCCGGGCACUGCUCCACUGCCUGGACGCGCACCACCGCGGGCUGAAGCACCGCCGGAAAAAGCACGAGAUCCCCUUCCCCGAUCAAGACGGUGGUGAUGGAAAUCCACCGCAAGCCUACGCGCGCGCUCGGACAUGUCCGCUCACGUCUACUCUGCGUCGACGCCGCCGGUCUCCGACACUAUCGCCCGACUACAUCAUCGGCCAGCUACGAUCAGCUGGAGCAGCAAGCACUGUUCGCGCGCUGGUUGGGCAGCUCACUCCGCCGCUCUACCGCUCUGUGCCUGAGCAGCAAGCAUCGCACACGAUGACGGGGAUCUGCUGCUUGUGCUGCUAUGCCAUCCACCGUGAUAGAGAGGGAGAGCAGGAAGUAGAUAGCAGAGAAAAUAGAGUACGACUGCUUGCUGCUUGUGCCGCUAGGCAGUGUAGGAAGAUGGAAAUGCCCAGCUUCAAUGAUGUUUUUGGGAGCAAUGUGGACAGCGCUGAGGUUGAUUUUGAUGUGUCUUAUUUUGGUAUCUCACCUCAAGGAUAA